AUGUCGUCAUCUCGUUCUGCAUCGUCUAGUUCGUCAUCAUCUAAGUCUGAAAAAGAAAACCAAGAGGAAACAAUCGCAUCCGAUUUAGUUGUGACCAAAUAUAAAAUGGCAUCAGAAAUAACAAAUCGUGUAUUGAAAGAAGUUUUGGAUCGUUGUGUUGUUGGUGCAUCAGUCAAAGACACAUGUAUCUUUGGUGAUAAACGUUUAGAUGAAGAAACUGGAAAAGUAUUCAAAAAAGAUAAAGAUGUCAAAAAAGGAAUUGCAUUUCCAACUUGUUUAAGCGUUAAUAACUAUAUAUGUCAUUUCAGUCCAUUGAUUAGUGAUCCGGAUAUCAUAUUGAAAGAUGAAGAUUUAGUUAAAGUUGAUUUGGGUUGUCAUAUUGAUGGAUUUGUAGCUGUUGUUGCACAUACAAUAGUAGUCGGUGCUUCAAAAGAGAAGAAAGUUAAAGGAAAAAAAGCUGAUUGUAUUUUGGCUUGCUAUUAUGCAGCAGAAGCAGCCUUACGUUUAAUAAAACCAAAUGAAUCCAAUUAUGCUGUCACAGAAAUGAUUGAUAAAAUUGCCAAUGCUUAUCACUGUCGACCUGUUGAAGGUAUGAUAUCUUACCAGAUGACACGGGGGAUUAUUGAUGGUGAAAAACGUAUAUAUCAAAAUCCUACGGAAUCCCAACGUCGUGAUACAUAUGAAAAACAUGAAUUUGCUCUGCAUGAAGUAUAUGCUGUUGAUGUAUUGAUAUCAUCAGGUGAUGGUAAACCACGUGAAUCUGAUUUACGUACUACUGUUUAUAAGAAAAAAGAUUUAAUUUAUCAAUUACGGAUGAAAUCAUCACGAGUAUUUUUAUCGGAAGUUGAAAAACGUUUUUCAUUAAUGCCAUUUACAUUAAGACAUUUUGAAGAUGAAAAACGAGCACGUAUGGGAGUUAUUGAAUGUGCAAAACAUGAGUUAGUAGAACCAUAUCCUGUUUAUCAUGAAAAAGAUGGUGAAUUCGUAGCAGAAUUCAAAUUUACAUUAUUAUUAAUGCCAAAUGGACAAUUAAAAAUAACCGGAUUUCCAUUAGAUCCUGAUCACUAUGAAUCAGAAUAUAAAAUUCAAGAUCAAGAUAUCAAACAAUUGUUGACAAGCACAGUGAAACGUCAACAAAAAAAGAAGAAAAAAAAUAAAAAACAAGGUGGAGCUGCUUCAACAACCGAAGCUAGCGCUUCCGCAGGAGGGCAUUCCGAUGGAAAUGACGAAGAAGAUGGUGUCGCUGUGGAACCAAAAGACACUAAAUCAACUAAAAAAGUGUCAACAGCCACGACAAUAGCAAAAUGA